CUUUAAUUCAUACAUGGAUUAAGCACAAGAAGAAAAUUCUCAGGGAUUUUAAAAUCAAAAACAAGAAGAACCCAUUCUUGAAUAAUAAAUUGUGUAAGCUGCAGAAUAUCCAAAUUCUCCCAUUGAGAUAGCCAUCACUGAUGCUAUAACAAAGGAUGGUGGAUUGGGAAUUAAAUAUACUGUGUAUUUAAUAAAGGGAUUGGAUAAUUUAGGAAGUUUCGAAGUUUUGAGAAGAUACAAUGACUUUUAUGAACUGAGAGUAGCUUUGAUAAAAAAGUGGCCUGGAUGCUAUAUUCCUCCAAUUCCUGAAAAAUUGUUAGGCAGUGGGAAUGAUGUUGAGACUGUCCAGAUUAGAAAACGUUUGAUGGAAAUAUUUUUGAAUGUCUUAACUGAAUUGCCAUACAUCUAUUAUUCUGAAGAUAUUCAAUAGUUAUUUUUGAGAUCUACAAACACAGAGAUAAACAAAGUAACUAUUCUUCUUAGAUUAGAUAUUUUAAUAAUAAAAGUAAGUUACAUCAGCUGACAUCAUCGAUAGAUUCAAGAGAGCAUUUCCCAAUUUAGAUGUUAGAGAUUCCUCAAACAGUGAGUAUAUGCUGUAAAUAAGUACAUUCUAGGGACAAUUGAAAAAGUCAUAAAUUCAUUUGAAAUAGUAUAUUGAACAAUCUUAAGGAGUGGCUCAGACAAGAAAAUAAAUUUAGAAUGAAAAAUGUAUCAAAGAUUAGUUAUAUAAGUGAACUUAUUUUUUGGAUAAUUGCCACUCUAUGAAAAAGUGAAUUUGACAGAAUACGUGUGUGGUAAAGAGAACCUCCUUAUAUUAUGUAAUCCUUAGAACAUAGAACCAUUAACUAAAUUAUUGGAUUAACUUGUAUGAUUUCAAUUUAUGCCAUAGAAAGAAGCCUAUAAAAAAUUUAAUAGUCUAGACAACAUCACAGAUUUAUUUAGAUAUGAGCUAAAGGAUGCAGAAUCAAUUUAGUAGUCAUUGACAUAUAGAGAUUAAUUGCUUAUUUAAAGAGCAAAUCAAGAAUAGAAAAUGAGGGAAGAUUAAGCUGAAUUGGCCAAAAUUGCAGCGGGUAAACAAACACUUACAACAAUCACAAAUUCUGUGUUCAAUAAGGCUAAGGAUCAAUCUUAGUUAAAGGUUGAAUAGAAGAUAUCUGAAGUACUAUAUAAAGUGAAUUUGUUAGGGCCAAUAAGAAAUUGAGAGGUUGUCGUAAUUGUAUAACAUCACUACUGCAAUCAUUGCAACUAAGGAAAUACAAAAGUAUAGAAAGACCAGAAUAAAUCACUAUCACAAGUUUUUGAGACAAGUUCAAAAUCAAGAAUAAUAGGUGUAUUAGUAUGAGAAUGAAUUACUUUAAAAAAUAGUUGAGGAAUGUGAAAAGUUAUAGUAAUAAUAAAAUAUCGAAUCGUGAAG